UUCACUGCUGCUCCCUGCGACGCGCUGAGUGCGGAGCGACGAGACGCGCUGCAUACCAACAGAGACACACGGGAGCAGGCUAAUUAAGCUCAAGUGGAGACUUGCGACUGGUCAGGACGCACAGACCCCAUCCUGUUCUCUGACAAAAACAUAUUCCUGUCAAUUCAUUGGACACUUUACACGUCACCUUUUCUUCCCAUGCAUUUUCUCAAACAUUUUUCUCCAAGGCACUGAGAGCCAAACUAAGUGUGUGGGAUAUUUGUUUUUCUCCCCUGCUUUGGUCAUUUCUGGUUGUCAGAGUCUACACAGGAGAAGACAAACAGCUCUCUUCGCCUCUAUCUCUGACGCGGGUCAUCAGAAGGAAAAAGUCAAGGGGAUAAGACCGGUGUUUUCGUCCAGUCACAUGUAGAAGCGUUGGACUAUUGCAAUAGACAUUCAUUACUGGGUCGUUUUUUUACACCGAUUUCCCCGCAACGGCAACAUAAAGGAGGAAUACCAAGGCAUUUGGCUGCAAAAACAAGCAAAAAAUCAAUCAGAAUUCCAUCAUGGGCUGCCCCCUCUUGCGGAACGCGUUUGCUGGCUUGAUCCUGGUGCUGCUGUCGAAAGCGUCCAGUGUGCACGGAGCAGAAUUCGGACACCUGCCGGACAACAUUACAGUGUUGGAAGGAGAAAGCGUCACUUUGAGAUGUCGGAUCGACGAGGAGGUGACCCACAAGGCCUGGCUGAACCGCUCCAACAUCCUGUUCACGGGGACAGACAAGUGGUCACUGGACAAGCGUGUGACGCUGGCCAACAGCAACAACAGUGACUUCUCCAUCCACAUCGACAACGUGCAAAUAUCCGACGAGGGGCCUUACACAUGCACCUUCCAGGCCAAUAACAAGCCCCGCAUCGCCCAUGUCUACCUCAUCGUCCAAGUGCCCGCCAGAAUCGUCAACAUCUCGAAAAACGUGUCUGUGAACGAGGGAGAGAAUGUAAACCUCUUCUGUCUGGCGGUGGGUCGGCCUGAGCCCACCGUCACCUGGAAAGACCAGAAAUAUGGGCUGGUGAGUGACGGGGAGUUCCUGGACAUCACAGAGAUCAAGAGGGAGCAGGCCGAGGACUACGAAUGCAUCACCAACAAUGGAGUGUCUCCACCCGAUCAGCGCAAGGUCAAGGUCACGGUCAACUACCCUCCCAUGAUCACAGACAUGAAAAACAUGCCAGUCCAUUUGGGUAAAACGACCAUCUUGCGCUGCGAAGCCAUGGCAGUCCCACCAGCCGCCUUCGAGUGGUACAGAGACGACCACAGGCCGCUAGAGAGUGACAACACCUUGAGGAUCAAAAACGAGAAGACGCGCUCGCUGUUGCUGUUCACCAAUGUGACAGAGAAACACUUUGGCAACUACACCUGCUUUGCUUCGAACCGUCUUGGGGCCUCCAACGCCAGCAUGCUGCUUUUUCGACCGGGGGCCAUUAAGGGGCGAGGAGUCGGUCUACAUGCAGGGAUGAGUGUCGGCGUGUCUGUUUGGCUUUCCCUCUCUGCUGUUCUUCUGCUGAAGGUGUAAAGAUGGAGCUCCACCUGGAAGUGCCCCUAAAUGUCCCUUAAAGCCCCCUUCCCCCUCUUCCUCCCUCUCUCCCCCUCUACGGAUGGAAGAAAGAAAUGAAAUUCUUUAAUUACGAACCCAUCACUGUGAACAAAAAGAAUAUGCAUUAUUCCAGGAGCCAUUGAAUCAUUGCAUCAAACGCAACCCCAUUAAGCUCCCCCCCCCCCACCCCCCACACCCUCAAUUCAAUUUUGAGGUCAAACCACUGUAAUCAUAUCUUCCUCUCUUUCUCACACACAGUCUGUCUCUCUCUUUUUGUCUCCCAGAAUGCCUUGCAGAUUUGUCUGACUUGGUACCCCCUCCUUACCGAGCUAUCCCUUCAUUAUUACCAGUGGGCUGAUGUUGAUAAGAGAGUGUAUAUUAACGAUUAUUGUGUCUGUGAUCAAUGAGAAAAUAGAUAAUCUAACAACUGGACGAUCAUUGAUGUAAUAUACUACAUAGACUAAUGACUGACCUACAAUGUUUGCCUUAUGGGAACAGUACAUAACAUCUCAAUACUAUGGUGGAUAUUUAUGGAAAUUGUAGUUAUAAUGUAGUACUGACGGUCAUGUGACCUUUUGAAAAAUUGUCCAGUUGGUGGCUAUGUGAAGUGUCACCCUGUGAUCACACACAUCUACACGCACACACACACACGUAUGGCUUUUUACUUUUAACCGUGUAGCAGUGAAUCUGCUAUGAAUGAUGUCAAAUGUAUUUAAAAAAAAAGGGUGGGCGGUGAAGGUGUCAGUCUUAACUUCCCCUUUAUGUAAUUCGGGGGGUUUAUACCAAGGUUUCGCAUGUAGACCCCCUUACUACCCAAACCUUUUUAGACCCGUUACCCCCCGCCCCUCUGUUCAAUGUGCUCUGUCUAGUCCCCCAUGCAUCGCUAUAGUGUUUCCUGCUCUGUGUCACCCCCUUCCUCCCCCAGUCUCCCUCCCCAGUGUAAAUAUAUGCAGUACAGAGGCCGCGCCGGCGACCUCAAGUUGCCUGGUGCCGAACGACAUCUCCCAUCAGCCUCGACUACGCUCCAGUUUUCUGAAGCAGCAAGAGACUGUCAAGUGACAACUAUAUCUUCUGUUUCAAAGCUGCGACUCCAUCCUCUUUGUCGCUUGUUGAUAGCAUGUACCGGUUAGAGAUGUUCCUGUUGUGACUCCAUUCACUCCCUCCCUCCCUGCACUGUGUCUGUUUACUCUGCAAAGUUACCUGCUUUUACUUUUUUGGUGUUAAUAAUAGUACAGAUGAUGAUGAUGUUAAUAAGUAUUUGAAUAACUAUGAAUAGUAAUUCCAUGUGAGAAAAAAAAAGAACAAAAUCUGAUGGUAAUGAGCCGUGCGUGGGAAACAUAAUUUUUGUACUUUGAGAAAUCACACACAUUGAACGACUACAAGAAAAAACAAACAAAAAAAAGACAUGUAAAGUUUUUGAAGUGAUGUGCUCUAUUUUGCCAUGACAAGCUUUUUAAAAACGCAUUUGAAACAGUCUGAAGGAUUAUUUCAUCAAGUCCAGAAGCAGUGAAUGAUGAUGUAAUUUAUAAUUUGUAACAGUUUAUGUAUUGGACUCUUUUUUUGUCAUGCUGUUAACUGCAUCACCCACACACACACCUACUGCAUAUUUGUCCACUUAUCAUAGUUUGUCUGUCUCCGACCAGCUAGAUAAAUGAUUUGGAUCCAUGUCAGGCUCUGGUCGUGGCUGUACUGUAAGUCGGUUCGUGUUUGGCCAGACUGCAGGGAGAUAAAGAUGUAAUUAGCCAUUACCUGUGGCUGGCUAAGUGAAGGAGCCUGGGCUCCACCUGUCCCUUCUGCCAGCCAGUGAUGGCCCCCAUAAAUCAAGCUCAAUCCUGCCACUGACAGGAAUCCUCUUCAAGGACAAGCUCGCCGUGGUGCGCCGGUCCUCCCUUCAGUGUGUACCUGUGACAUGCAGACAUGGGCACUACAAACCCUCCAUGGCACAAUUAUCCAUCCACUGCCCCCGCACAGCACAAACAGUGGGAGGUAAGCCCAUAUUUCAAUACUGUGGCACUCGACUCUCCACUGAAACACUGUUCCACUCACAUGCAGCGACUAUAUGCAAAUAUGCCAUAACGAGCCUGCACGGAGAGACGAGUUUCCCCCGGCUGAACCCUGCGACCUUAAAGGGAAAUUACUCUGUAUUGAAUCAAUUGUCUGAAUGUGUUUUGUUUGAUUUUGUUUCAAACCAGCAAUAACCCCUAACUCUACUGUGCAAGAGGUAUCAGAUAUGGGUAAAGUUGUGGUGUAAUAUCUGAAAAAAAUCACAUUAACAAGGUAUAUCAAAUAGAUCUAUUGUUGUACUUUACUGUGUACAGUACUCUGAAAUGAUUGUGAAGCUCAGUUUAAAUGGCCCUUAAUCUAAAACAA